GUAGCGCGCCAUUUGCAACAUAUUAUAUAAGUCACCCUUAAUCCGCCUGCCCCCCCUGAAUCAAAUUGACGGUCAAAAUUUAUUCACAUCAAUCAUGCAAGGGGCAUUUGAUAAUAGAGAUACAUUCUCUAUCAAUUCGAUAUUUAACGUAUUAAGCAAUUUCCCUCUAUUAACCUAUGUGAUUAGUUUCUUACAAGAUUUUAUUAUUGGAGUAUUAAAUACUGGUCCAAUACCUAAACAUAUAGCCAUAAUUAUGGAUGGGAAUAGAAGAUAUGCCAAACAAAACAAUCUUGCUUUAAAAGAUGGCCAUACUGCUGGAGCUGAAGCUUUAGUAAAUGUUCUUGAUGUUUGUUUUAGAACAGGAGUUGAACAUGUAACUAUUUAUGCAUUUUCAAUUGAAAAUUUUAAUCGAUCUAAAGAAGAAGUCGAUACUCUCUUUAGUUUAUUAAGAGAUAAACUUAAAAUGAUUAGUGAACAUGAAGAUUCUUAUGCUAGAUUUAAUAAAAUUAGAGUAAGAAUUAUUGGGAAUAAAUCAUAUAUUCCCACCGAUAUUUUACAAGAUUUAGAAUCAAUUGAAGAAACUACUAAAAAUGCAACUAGUAAGAAAACUCUCAAUGUUUGUUUCCCUUAUACAACUCGUGAUGAAAUAGUUUAUUCUAUUAAAUCAAUUAUUAAUAAAGUUAAUAAUGGAGAAAUUGAAUCUAAAGAUAAAAUUGAUUCAAAAAUUAUUGCUGAUAAUUUCUAUUUUGGUCCUGAUACUCCACCAUUAGAUAUUUUAAUUAGAACUAGUGGUCAUACUAGAUUAAGUGAUUUUUUACUCUGGCAAUCUAAUUAUAAUUCAACUAUUGAAUUUGUUGAUACUCUUUGGCCAGAAUUUAAAUUCUUUGCCAUGACAUCAAUUUUACUUAAAUGGAGUUAUUAUCGUACCCUUCAAUUAGAAGCAUUAUCGAUUAUGGGAGCUAAGAAUGAAGAUGAUUUAGAUAUCAAGAUUAAUCUCUUGAAACAAUUACCUAAACAUCCUCCAUAUGCUUCAGUCAAUCUGCGUCAGGUUAGGUUAGGUUAAUUUUAUUUUGUUUUAUGAUUAUAUCCUUUUAGGAUUUCAUUGGCUCGAUCAACUAAUGUUAAGUAUAUAUUGUUUUAUGAUUAUAUCCCUUUUUAGGAUUUCUU